UAAGGGGCAGAUAAUGUGUAGUUCGAUAAUGGACUGGCUUUCGUUUGGUUGACACCUACGUUGCAACAGGCAAUACCACUCACUCAAAAAUCAUUUUUAUGUCUGUAUUGUCGAGUAGCCAAGCCGGAGAUGCCACCCGCUCCUUUCGCAGAUGCGAUAAGAUAAAACGAUCACAAUUUACACACAGACGACGCCUCGCUUCUUAGGUUCGAAUCUUACGCGUCGCUCAGGAAACAUUAUAAGCACAAGCAAAAACAAAAUGAAUUGAAGCCUGAAAUUUGAAGUUAUUCUUCACUGUUGGCGGCUUCGAUCCCGUUAAAAUUGUUUGAAGUUCCGUGAUAAUUCUGGUGGAAUAUCCAGGGGCCGAUUUACUUAGAGUUUGUGCUGUAGCAAGUCCUCUGCUCCAUGUUCUGUGAUAAUUUCUAUUAAAAUUAGUAGCGGCAGAGAGUGGCGAGGAGGAGCUGGACUUAGUGGCGAGGAGGAGCAGGACUAUGUGGCUUUACAUUUAUUAGCGGAGUACUGAAGUAGGAAUCUCAUUGUUAGGUUUUGGCAGAUCGGAGGAGAAAUGCAAGGGGUUGGUUUUUCAUCGAUUUCAAAGUCCCGGAGUGGAACAUUUUGUGUGUCAGCUUUCAAAUGCGGCAGUCAAGAGGCAUUUGAGAUCGCGAGGAGCGAUUAUUUGGGCCGAGCUGUUCGUGUUUCGUGUUUCAGUAAAAGAAGUAAUUCUAGUAGGAAAUUUGGAGCUCCUUUGCAGGUUACAUGCAAGGACUACCCAAGGCCAGAUAUUGACAAUACAAUCAAUUUUUUGGAAGCUUCUGCCUUAUCUGCUUCGUUCAGGAGUGCACCACGCCCUAAUAGACCAUUAGAGGUUGUGAUAGCAGGAUCAGGUUUGGCUGGUUUGUCAACUGCAAAAUAUUUAGCUGAUGCUGGUCAUAAACCUAUACUAUUGGAAGCAAGAGAUGUUCUUGGUGGAAAGGUAGCAGCAUGGAAGGAUGAUGAGGGGGACUGGUACGAGACAGGCCUACAUAUCUUCUUUGGAGCUUAUCCUAAUGUGCAAAGUUUGUUUGGAGAGCUUGGGAUUGAUGAUAGACUGCAAUGGAAGGAGCAUUCUAUGAUCUUUGCUAUGCCAAACAAACCUGGACAGUUUAGCCGUUUUGAUUUUCCAGAAGUUCUUCCAGCACCUUUGAAUGGAAUUUGGGCGAUUCUAAAGAACAAUGAGAUGUUGACAUGGCCAGAAAAAAUACGAUUUGCAUUUGGACUUUUACCAGCAAUUGCUGGAGGUCAAGCUUAUGUUGAAGCCCAAGAUGGCUUAACUGUUAAAGAAUGGAUGCGUAAGCAGGGUGUACCUGAUCGAGUCAGUGAUGAAGUAUUUGUAGCCAUGUCGAAGGCUUUAAACUUUAUUAAUCCUGAGGAACUUUCAAUGCAGUGUAUUCUUAUAGCCUUGAAUCGUUUUCUUCAGGAAAAACACGGGUCAAAGAUGGCCUUUCUAGAUGGAAAUCCACCAGAGAGGCUAUGCAAGCCAAUUGUUGAUCAUGUCCAGUCACUAGGUGGUCACAUUCAGAUGAAUUCCCGAUUACAAAAGAUUGAACUAAAUCAUGAUGGCACAGUAAAGCACUUUGUUUUGAGCAGUGGUAAUAUUGUUGAAGGAGAUGUUUAUGUAUCAGCUGUACCUGUUGACAUUCUUAAGCUACUUUUACCUGAAGAGUGGAAGGAAGUUUCCUACUUCAACAAAAUGGAAAAGUUAGUAGGAGUUCCAGUAAUCAACAUUCACAUUUGGUUUGAUCGAAAACUGAAAAACACAUAUGACCAUUUACUAUUCAGCAGGAGUUCUCUACUUAGCGUCUACGCAGAUAUGUCUGUUACUUGCAAGGAAUACUAUGAUCCAAAUCGAUCAAUGCUAGAGCUUGUAUUUGCACCUGCAGAAGAAUGGAUUGCUCGCAGUGACACUGACAUCCUUGAGGCUACUCUUGAGGAACUUUCAAAACUGUUUCCUGAUGAAAUUGCAAUAGAUGGAAGCAAAGCAAAGGUUUUGAAGUAUCAUAUUGUUAAAACUCCAAGGUCUGUUUACAAGACAAUACCCAAUUGUGAGCCUUGUCGUCCUUUACAGAGGUCAACCAUAAAAGGAUUUUAUUUGGCUGGUGAUUACACCAAACAAAAGUAUUUAGCAUCCAUGGAGGGUGCUGUGCUAUCAGGGAAGCUUUGUGCACAGGCUAUUUUGGAGGAUUAUGACUCACUUGUAGCUCGUGCUGGACAGAAUGAAAGAGUUGGCGUGGCUUUGUCUUAAUACCACCAAAAUCCAUAUACAGAUUCAAGAUUGUAUUUAUAGAGGAGCUUUUCUAUUUGAAUGAAAUGCUAGGUAUCCUAAUGAGGAAUUUUUUAAGGGUUUUGCAAUUAUCAUGUAAUUCGAAUUCCAAAGGAAGCAAGGAAAGCUUAUGGUUAGACUUUGAGGUCCUCUUAUUUUUGUUUAUGUAUUAUAUGACUUCUAAGAAUUCAUGUCAAGAAACAGAUUAAAACUUUUGUCCAGGAACGAAACUAGCAGAAGGCACCAUUCCUUAAGAAAGACUUGAGAAAUUUGAUAAAGUUAAAAUCAUAAAAUGCAGGGGCUUAGUAUACUUCAGAAAGAGGCCUAAAUUAUUGGAAAGAAACUUUCUAAGGGAUCUAAAUAUUUCCAUGGUCUUGACAAGAACUAUGCUGGUUUACGUUCUUGAUAUUUGUAUUGCACCUUCUCAGACAUGGAAAUUGUUGCAGCAUUCAUAAAUCUUGUAGCAGGUGAUUGACAAGACACUAGUAUUUGCAGGUAUUACUGGAUAUUUUAUGAUAUUUCUCCUUCACAACACAGUACAUAAUCUCCUUUUCAUC